AUGGCGUCCCAGAAGCGCAGCCGGGCGCAGGCCUGGCCGGAGGAGGGCGGGGACCGGGCGCACGGGCUGUACAGCCUGCACCGCAUGUUCGAGAUCGUGGGGACGCAGCUCACGCACCGCGACGUGCGCGUCCUCUCCUUCCUCUUCGUCGACGUCAUCGACGACUACGAGCGCGGGUUGAUCCGCAGCGGCCGGGACUUCCUGCGGGCGCUGGAGCGCCAGGGCCGCUGCGACGAGACCAACUUCCGGCAGGUGCUGCAGCUGCUGCGCCUCAUCACCCGCCACGACCUGCUGCCCUACGUCACCCUCAAGCGCCGCCGCGCCGUGUGUCCGGACCUGGUGGACAAGUACCUGGAGGAAACGUCCAUCCGCUACGUGACGCCGCGGGCGCCGGGGGGGGCAGAGCACGGCCUCGGCCACCCCCACAAACCAGUGCCUCCCCACCACCCCGUGGUUUGCUGCUCCCCUGCUGGACCCCAGGUCCUGUCCAAGCGGCCGCGGGGCCGGGCCCUCCCGGGCAGCCAGCGCCGCAGGAGGAAGUCGGCGACGCCGGAUCCCAAGGAGAAGCAGACCUGUGACAUCCGCCUGCGGGUGCGAGCUGAGUACUGCCAGCACGAGACCGCCCUUCAGGGCAACGUCUUCUCCAACAAGCAGGACCCCCUGGAGCGGCAGUUCGAGCGUUUCAACCAGGCCAACACCAUCCUCAAGUCCCGGGAUUUGGGCUCCAUCAUCUGUGACAUAAAGUUCUCAGAGCUCACCUACCUCGACGCCUUCUGGCGCGACUACAUCAACGGCUCCCUCCUGGAGGCCCUCAAGGGCGUCUUCAUCACGGACUCGCUCAAACAAGCCGUGGGCCACGAAGCCAUCAAACUGCUGGUCAAUGUGGACGAGGAGGAUUACGAGGUUGGACGCCAGAAACUCCUGAGGAACUUGAUGCUUCAGUCGGCUCCCUGA